UUCAUACAUAUUUGAGCCACUUCGCAGUUAAUGCACAUAGCUGCCCCGCUUCGCGAAGCAAACGCAAAGAUGAAUUGCCUUUUCGUGCUUAUGUUUUAUAUUUGUACGGACGCGUUUGCGGCCAGUGUUGAAGUAAAAACGUAUAGUGGUUAUAGAGAAUAUCAGGUGAUGGGCGACAAAGAAAGUCUUGAUAAAUUUGAAGAAAGUGUAAAAAAGUUUGAGGAACUGUUUCUCAUUAAACGCUACAGUGCAACUUCGCUUCAAACGCUCGUGUCACCGGAGCUGGUGGCCUUUCUUGACGAAUCCGUUCAAAAGCUAAACCUACGAGCUACGCUUGUUUUUGACGAUAUAUCCAAAAUAAUACAGCAGGAAAAAGCCCCCAGUCUAAGAAAGAAAGGUUUCUCUUGGUCUGCAUACUACGAUAUUGAUGAUAUAUACGGCUAUCUCCAAAACAUGAGCGUGACGUACCCUCAAUGGACCGAGCUGGUGGUGGGCGGAGAGAGCUACGAAGGCCGACAGAUCAAGGGACUGAGGAUCAAUACUCCAGAAGGCAGGGCCGAGGGCAAGCCGGCUGUUUUCAUCGAGUCUGGCAUCCACGCUAGGGAAUGGAUUACCCCCGCCACGACGACCUAUUUCAUCAAUCAACUGCUCACGAGCGACAACCCUGACAUUGAGGCCCUGCGGAAUCAAUUCGACUGGCAUAUAUUUCCGAGUGUUAACCCUGAUGGCUACCACUUUAGUUUUACUAAAGACCGUAUGUGGAGAAAAACUCGUUCAAAAUCAAGCAAUGGCUGCUACGGAGCGGAUCCGAAUCGCAACUGGGACUACAACUGGCUUAAGUAUGGAGCGAACGACAACCCCUGCGAUUACCAAGUCUACGGUGGCUCCAAGCCAUUCUCCGAGAUCGAGACCCGAACCCUGUCUCAGUACAUCUCUAACGUGGAGAACCUUCUCGGCUACAUUGCUUUUCACGCGGAUGCUCAGAUGCUGCUACUUCCCUAUUCGGACUCAGAGGAGCAUAACGACAACUAUGAUGACUUGGUAAGAAUCGGCAAAACAUCUUUAGACUACGGGUACAAGGUGAAUCAUGCUACAUAUGAUGGCCCUGCUACCGCUGCGGAAGUUCUAUACAAAGCCUCAGGCGGCAGCAUGGAUUGGGUACGUUUCGCUCUUGGAACCCAACUGGUGUACACGUAUGAGCUGAGAGGCUACUACUUCUACUGGCCACCAGCGCUGAUCUACCAGCAAGGAGACGAGGUCACACAGAUGAUGUUAGGACUGUUUAAAGAAGCCGGGAAUCUCGGAUACUACAAAUAAUUUUACUGUUCGUCUUUGUUGUUUCUUAACAACGGUCUUCCGUUUUAGUUUUCUAAGUACUGUCAUAUACGGAGUGAAAGAUACUUUGAGUUUGUUUUUUACAUACAUUUUCAUAAUGCUAGGCGAAUUCGUAGUCGAACUUUCGAUUAUAGUUUGUAUUGUUAAACAUUUCAAAGCACGAACUAUAAAUGUUAGCGAAAUCAAUAAAGUCAGUAAUACUAU